AUGAGCUUAGCACAACCACACUCCAUGAACAUAGAAAAAAUUGUAUUAACUAUUCUCCAUUAUAUUUUAGAAGUAUUUAGGAUUGUGAAUCUGUUUUUGUCUAACCUCACCAAUAAGCACUGGACAAAGACCGAAGUGAUAAAAGCCUGCUCAUCCCAAAAGGUUGGAAUUCGAGGGCUAGACAUAGUUGUAUUGGGAGUAGAGAGAAAAUCUGUUGCCAAUCUUCAGGAAGAAAGAACUGUGAGAAAGAUUUGUGCACUUGAUGAUCAUGUCUGCAUGGCUUUUGCAGGUCUGACUGCUGAUGCUAGAAUAAUAAUUAACAGAGCCCGCGUGGAGUGUCAAAGCCAUAAACUUACUGUUGAGGAUCCAGUCACAGUAGAAUAUAUAACACGUUACAUAGCAACUUUAAAACAGCGUUAUACACAGAGCAAUGGACGUAGACCUUUUGGUAUUUCUGCUUUGAUUGUGGGCUUUGAUGAUGAUGGUAGUCCCAGACUGUAUCAAACAGACCCAUCCGGUACAUAUCAUUCUUGGAAGGCACAUGUAAUUGGUCGCAAUGCUAAAAGUGUGCGUGAAUUUUUGGAGAAGAAUUACACAGAAGAAGCUAUAGCAACUGACAAGGAAGCUAUCAAAUUAGCAAUAAGAGCUCUGCUAGAAGUUGUGCAAUCUGGUGGAAAAAACAUUGAACUUGCAAUAAUAAGGAGAAACAAACCACUGCAGAUGUUUAGUGCAAAGGAUAUUGAAUCACAAGUUGUAGAAAUAGAGAAGGAAAGAGAAGAAUCUGAAAAGAAAAAGAAGAAAAGUAUUUAAAUCCCAGUUAAAUGCUGAUGGCUGUUUAUUAAAACUUUGGAAACAUUUUAAUAAAUACUAGACCAGAA